CUCUCCAGAGUGUCAGCUAGUUAUUUGUGGGGAGGCGCUGUAGCCAUUUCGCCACAUGAAAGCCCGAUGAGCUGAACGACCAACAUCCGAGUUGUUCGUGGAGAAGAGAAAUCAGCUUCGAGGAGCUCCGCGCGCACACAGGCGUACACGAACUCGCGCGCAAACACGCACGGCGCUCAGACACGUACACUUCCUCCUCCUCCGCCGUGGAAAAAAGAGAGAGAGAGGGACAGAGAGGGGACACGAAACGCAAACUUCCAACUCUCCCAUGUGGAAAGCAGAGGUUUGAGGAUAAGGUAUAUUUUUUCCUCCUUGGGGCUCCGUUCCUUCCCCCCUCUCUCCCUCUCUUUCUCUCUCUUUAAGUGUUUUUGCCCGGAUAGUUGUGUUUCUAUGAGAGUCUUGUUCGGCGAGGAGAGAAGUUUGGUUGUUUGCCUGGUCGGCUGAGGAGGAGGAGGAGGAGAAGAGUCGGGUUAAAAGUGGGGGAAGAUGGUCCGCAACGCCGCCUGGAGAAGAAGCUUACUAUGCGUCCUGGCGCUCAGUCUCAGCUUUGCGUCCCCGCCGUGCAAUGCUCGGAUUUACACCAACCACUGGGCAGUCAGGAUAGCCGGUGGACCCGAUGUGGCCGAGCGGAUAGCGGAUAAAUAUGGCUAUAGGAACAUGGGACAGAUUGGGGAUCUCAAAGACCACUAUCACUUCUUCCAUAGCCGGACCAUCAAGAGGUCGACUUUGUCCAGCCGCGGUCGCCAUAGUUUCAUCUCAAUGGAGCCCAAGGUAAGUCCGUUGUGCUGUUUCAUGAACCACAUUAGUUAAAAGAGUGUAUGUUUC